GUCCCUGGAUUUGGGUUCUGGGGCGUGACAUGAAUGGUUCAAAAAAUGGCUUGAAAGUUUAUGGUUAAUGGUUGAAACUUUAGAAUUUUUUAUUCAUUUUUGUAUGUAGCAAAUCUGCCACCCCUUUUCCCCAUAGAUGAAUUGUCUUUUGAUUUUUUGUAAUCUUGCUUAGAAAUUUGUUCUUUAAAUGGAAAAGUCUUGCUUAGAUUUUAAAAUGGGGCUUCUUUAGUUUUGCAUAGGCUACAAUCAUUUGGUGUUAAGUUUGUUGUGUUGACAGCCUAGGGUUGAGUCCAUGAUGAACCUUCUUUGAUGAGCUAUCAGCCAUGUGUUGCAGGAAAUUGAACAACUUUUGAUGCCUUUUUUUGGACUUGUGAAAUUUACAUUUGGUGCCGUCUGUGGGAAUUCGAACUGAAAGCUCUUUUGUUGCUCUCUUGUAAUGGUUAACACUCGAUCAGUCCGAGCUGGAAACUCAUCUCAGCCUCUUGGACGAGGUCAACCCCCCAACAGCCUUCCACCUCAGCUUCCACCUCAGAUCCCAAAUAUGUUCCCUCCUGUUGAUCAUGCAAAAGAAGGAGAUGAGAAUCAACCACACAACUCAGCUCACAACUCUACUUCCACUGCCAACCAAGAUGUAGUUGCAGCUCAGCUUACUGCCAUGCAACAACAGUUUGGUGUCUUUCAACUAGUGUUGGCUCAGCUCUUAGCUUGGAACAACCCUAGUGAUCCCCUCAUCAAUCUACUUAACCCAGCUCCACAACCCCUAGCUCCACAACAAAACCCUGAACUAGUUCAACAUGCUCUUGCUCUUAGUGAAUCUCAGGGCCAGUCUCACAUCGCUCCAGCUCAGCAACCCCUCCCUAAUGAUGUCACUCGACGUCUAGGCAGCUUAGAAAAUCUACCUCCGAGGUCAAUCAGCUCUUAUACAGAAAUAGCAUCUGCUUUUGCCACAAAGUUUUCCAGUAGAAGGUUGAUAAGGAAAAUUACUUCUGAGUUGAUGCGAGUUAAACAGAGGGACGAAGAAUCUUUGAAGAAUUAUAUGAGUAGAUUCAAUGAUGCAGUACUGGAAGUUAACUCCUUUACCCAGGUUGUAGGAAUUACAGUUGUGAUCUCAGAGAUCCAAGCUAUGGUUUCUCAAUCUCAUCUCUGCAUGAAAUUUUCAACCCCCAUGGGAAUUUCAACACUAAGAGGAAACCAGGGAGUGGCCAGACACUAUUAUCUCACUUUGGUCACAAGGCCGCAUAAAAAUAAAGAUCAGCCAGUAGAAAACCCUUCCCCAAAAAUUCAUGACAAUCAACAAGUGAUGGGGGUUGAAAUCCUUGAUAACCAACCUGAAAAUGAAACCCGAGCUGCUCUGGGUGAAGAUAUUGAGGAAAUACAGAUUGAUGAAGAUGACCCGAACAGAAAAACACAAAUAGGAACUCGGCUGAACCCCAAGGAGAGAGCAGAGCUGAUAACCUUUCUCCGCGCUAACAAAGAUAAACCAGUGGCCCAGAAGCAAUGCCUCUUUGGGGGGGAGAGGUUAAAGGUCAUCAAAGAAGAAGUUGAAAAACUGUUACAAGCUGGCUUCGUUAGACGGGUCGAUUACUGUGAAUGGGUCGCCAAUCCUGUGUUGAUGAAAAAAGCAAAUGGCAAAUGGCGAAUGUGCAUCAAUUACACUAACCUCAACCAAGCAUGUCCAAAAGACUGUUACCCAAUUCCAAACAUUGACAAGUUGGUUGAGGCAGCUUCUGGAAAUGAGAGAUUAAGUCUCUUGGAUGCAUACUAUGGCUACCACUUGGUUCCAAUGGCUCCUGAGGAUGAAGAAAAAACCUCGUUCUAUGCUGGAGAUGAGAUCUAUUACUAUGUAAUGAUGCCCUUCGGCUUGAAGAACGUAAGUGCCACUUACCAGAAGAUGGUUACCAUCGUAUUCCGAGCUCAACUAGGUCGGAAUCUGGAAAUUUAUGUUGAUGAUAUAGUGGUGAAGAGUUUGAAAGCUGAAGAUCACUUAACCGACCUCGAGGAGACAUUCAACAAUCUCAAAAAGAACAGAAUGAGGUUAAAUCCAGCAAAGUGCAUCUUCGGUGUGGAGUUGGGAAAAUUUCUAAGCUUCAUGGUGUCCAAAAGGGGGAUUAAGGUCAACCCCGAGAAGAUCAAAGCAGUAGCCGAGAUGGAACCAUCGAAAUCACCCCAUUUGCUGAUAAAGGCCAAUGAUGGAGAAAUCCUUUACCUGUACCUCUGCAUAUCAGAUGAAGCCAUCAGUUCUGUGCUAGUGAGAGAAGAGGAGAAGCAACACAAGCAAGUUUACUACACUAGUAGCGUGUUACAUGGAGCUAAAAUCAGAUAUUCUAUUGCUGAGAAAGCAGCCUUAGCAGUUGUCACUUCGGCCAGGAAACUGAGACCAUAUUUCCAAUCACACCCAAUCAUAGCCAAUGAUGGAGAAAUCCUUUACCUGUACCUCUGCAUAUCAGAUGAAGCCAUCAGUUCUGUGCUAGUGAGAGAAGAGGGGAAGCAACACAAGCAAGAAACUGAGACCAUAUUUCCAAUCACACCCAAUCAUAGUUCUCAUGGUUCAGCCCCUCAGACAAAUCUUGCAGAAGCCAAAAUGAUCAAAUGGGCCGUUGAACUGGGAGAAUUUGAGAUAACAUUCCAGCAGAGGUCAACAAUCCGGGCUCAGGCUCUUGCAGAUUUCAUAGUAGAAUGCACCUCGUCUCACUCUAGUUCCCAGUUCGAGUUGGACAGUUGGAUUCUGUAUGUUGAUGGAGCAUCAAGUAACAAAGGUUCUGGCGCUAGUGCAAUCUUACUUGGCCCAGAUGGGUACAGAAGUGAACAUGCUCUGAAAUUUAAUUUUGAUGCCACCAACAAUAUGGCUGAGUAUGAGGCUCUGCUACUUGGCUUACAGUUGGCAGUAGAACAGAAAGUUGCAGCGAUACAAAUAUACAGUGAUUCACAACUAGUAGUCAAUCAGGUCAACUCAGUCUAUGAAGUGGUUGACCCUGUUAUGAUGAAAUUGGUCAUUGUCGAAAUUUUGGACGAGCUUAGCUUCAUAAAACCAAAAAUGAUGAAAAUCAACACAGAUCCUGACACACCGAGCUGGACAGAUCCAAUUAUCUCAUUUCUACGAGAUGGCACAGUGCCUGCAGAUAAACAGGAAGAAAUGAGGUUGAGGAAGAAAGCAUCUCGGUACACCCUUGUUAAUGAAGUCCUUUACAAGAGAUCUUUCUCACUCCCUCUACUCCACUGCUUGAACCCUUAUGAAGCUGAGUACGCACUUCGGGAGGUGCAUGAAGGUGUUUACGGAAGUCACAUUGGUGCUCGAACUUUGGCUCAUAAAGUCCUUGGGCAAGGAUAUUACUGGCCCAACAUGUAUAAAGAUGUCACUCAGUUCGUACAAAAGUGUCAGAAAUGUCCAUUUAUGAAGGGAGUAGAAGGUGUAACCCAUCUGAUUCUUGGUGUGGAUUAUUUUACGAAAUGGGUUGAAGCUCGACCAUUAUCCAGUCUUACCUUCAAGAAGGUCGAAGAUUUUGUUUUUAGCUCAAUCAUUUGUAGAUAUGGGAUCCCGAAUCAAAAUGUGGCUGAUAAUGGAACUCAGUUCAACUGCUCUUCUUUUAGAGAUUUCUACUCUAGUUAUGGGAUCAAAUUGCAGUUCACCUCGGUGUACCACCCGGAAUCUAAUGGAAUGGUAGAAUCUGUUAACAAGGCAUACAGAACCACGAGCCGAACUGCCACAAGUGAAACACCCUACCAUCUGGCCUUUGGUACCAAAGCAGUCAUUCCUAUCGAGAUAAGAGUCCCAAGCUUCAGGGUCACCCAUUUCGAUGAAGGACGAAAUGGACAACUGCUUCGGGAGAACCUUGAUCUACUUGACGAAGUUAGAGAAGAAACACGGCUUCGAACUCUUGUAUACAAUCAGAAAAUAGCCAACUUCUACAACAAACGAGUUCGACCCCAGACAUUCAAAGUAGGAGGCCUUGUUCUCAGGAAAGCUGGUCUAAUAGGGUUCGAAACUUGAUUCGGAAAGUUAGCACCAAACUAGGAAGGCCCCUACACUGUAACAGAAGUGCCGCACCCAGGUGCUUAUAUCCUGUGGGGCACUGAAGGCAAAAGGGUUCCUAGAGUCUGGAAUGUCAAUAAUUUGAAGAAAUUCUACCCUUAAUACACUUCUUCCCAGUGAAACUUUGUCUUAUUUUUAUAAUUGUCAUUAUUUUCUCUUUUUGCUCAAUGUAUAUACGAGCUCAAUUCAUUUACCUCAUUAAUGAAUUUCACUUCACAUU